UCUCUUACUAAAACCAAACUCAAAACACACACAGAUUCCCACUUCUUCUUCUUCAUCAUCUCUCUUACAUUCUUCUAAUCUUCUCUUCCUCCAUGAAAAUUUCUCAUCCAAAUUCCUCCUUCACUUCUUCCACUUCAACCACCACCGCCGAUGCCUUUCAACCGCCACCCCCGAAAAUCCUUAACAGAUCCGAUUCCACUAAUCCAUACCCCACCACUUUCGUUCAAGCCGAUACCUCUUCCUUUAAACAAGUUGUUCAAAUGCUCACCGGCUCCCCGGAAACCGCCAAGCAAAUUUCUACACCAGACCCUCCUUCUAAAUCCUCCAUCCCUCCCAUUAAAUCAAUUCCCAAACGCCAACACUCCAAUUUCAAGCUCUAUGAGCGAAGAAAUGCCCUCCAUAACCUCCAAAUUAUCAACCCUGUUUUUGCCUCCUCUGUUUCUAGUCUCAGACAUAAUAACCAUAACCUCCCUGAAAUUCUCUCUCCCAGUAUGCUGGAUUUCCCCUCACUCGUCCUCAGCCCCGUCACGCCUCUCAUUCCCGACCCCUUCGGCCGAUCGCAGCCGUUGAAUUCUGAACCGACGAACAAUGUCGGUUCUAGUAAUUCGGGUUUGGAUGAAGAAGCAGAGGCUAAAGCCAUUAGAGAAAAAGGAUUUUAUUUGCACCCUUCACCGGCCACCACUCCCAGAGAAUCGGAACCGGAGCUUUUGCCACUAUUUCCGAUCACUUCCCCUCCGCGACCAGGUCCACCUCCUCCUUCUUCUUGAAUUCAAUGUCAAAUUCAGCUAUUAAUUAAUUUAAUGUCCAUUUUUUUUGUAUUUUAAAUUUAAUGUCUUUGAAGUUUGUAUCCGGAAAUAGAGUUUAUUUGCAGAGAAUAUGAAUGCAAAAUCCCUUCCUCCAAUUGUAUAAUU